CGUUUUGAAAAUGACUACGGUUACAGAACGUAAAAAGACUCAGAGGGGUUCACUGAAGGAGAAAGUUCUUCAAAUAUACGACAAGUUGUUUCAAGGGCAAGAUAUAACACAAGGGAGGGCAGAGUUUUGGGACGAUUUCUUCCUAUUGAAACCUAAUCUUAAAUGCUUGUCUGCACACUUCGAAAAGACAAAUUGGGAGGACCUCGUGCGAUUAAAGCCUCAACUCAAUAGAUUAUUUAUCCAGUGCCUUCAAACAGCUCAAUACGAUAGACAUCGUAUUCGAAUCGCUAAUGCCAUCCAAACAUUGGAUUGCCUUCUAAGUGGCGUUUACAAAUGUAGAUCAUCAGCAAGCAUAAAUGAAGAUUUAAGUGAAAUUCUCUUAGGACCAGAACACAUCAAGCAUUUCAUGGAGAAUUAUAUUUUACUAUGCGUUGAACUAGUUCGUGAAGACAGACCAGAACCACUUCGUAGUCUCAUAUUCAAUUCAAUGUUGACAUUUGCCUCAGUUACUUCAUCCUUGGACAAGAAUCCGUUUGUAGCUAGUCUUCUAGACGAUCGCAUUUAUGAUUUAGUAAUGAACACAUUGACCAAUCCUCAGCUGAGAUAUUAUCAUGGUGUAACUGCUUGCAGAUUUCUUGGCUUGCUGUUACAAUAUACAACUGAUGAACCAGUAAAUUCUUUUCAAACACUUAUACACCAGACAGAAGAUGAAUUGUUGUUAAAUAGUAUACUCUCAACCGUUGCUCUCGCUUUGUCUGAGUUCAACUUAAAAUUUGGGCAACAGCGUGACAGUUCAGGUGGUAUUCUAUCUUCCUUUUCAUCUUUUUUCACCACUCUUGUGUCUGGUGAUGCGGGAUCUAAUAUCAGCUUAAGACCGUGUGAUUCACUUUUGCUGUGUUUAUAUGAAUUGGCUAGAAGCAGUCAUCAUUUCGCUAUACUCUUGUCGUAUUCCAAUGGUCAUUAUACAAAUAAUACAAGAGAUAUGGAGAGUAUCAUUGUUCCAGAUCCUAUAUUAGACUAUCGAAUUUUAAAAGCUGUUAGUACAGAAUCUAUGGUCGGUUAUUUGGAUACAACACAUUUUGUAUCACCCGGUAGAGCUGUGCCAGUACUUACUACGACGACGGCUGCCACUUGUGCUGCUGCUGCUACUACUACUACACUAUGACUUAUAA